CGAAUCCGAGUCCGGCAUUCCGCGAACGAGACCGAACCGAGCGGACGAGGGUACCUGGCAUACCGUUCGUUCGUGGGCGCUCGUUAGCUUGUGCGUUAAGUACUCUCUUCUCGUGGAGCCGAUUAAUGCGCUCGGGUAUCGCAAUUGAUACCUGGUAACAAACAAAGUUCGUGUGGACGCGAGAUUGUCCGGUGGCUCUUGACACUUUUUAUCUGUCCGCGGGCGCGAGUGAGUUUUUAACGAGCGCGUUACAUUAAUCGCGCUGAACACGAUGUCGGCGAUCUUCGACUUCGAGCUGCAGGACGCUGGGCUGCUGCACCGAGACGAGUCGGAUGACGACGAGGUCAUCGAGAUCGGCCCGGAGGAGGGCGAUGCCGAUCCGAGUGAGAUUGCAAAUUCAUCCGACAAUUCUGACGUCGGAAGCGUGGAAGCGGUGUCGAUAUGCGAGCAAAAUGUCAACCGCGAACGCGAGAAGGUCGGCCCGCAGGACUUCGAGUUGUGCAAAGUUAUCGGGAAAGGCGGCUACGGCAAGGUUUUCCAAGUACGGAAAAUAACAGGAAAUGACAGCGGCACGAUCUUUGCCAUGAAGGUAUUACGUAAAGCUUCAAUUAUAAGAAAUCAGAAAGAUACAGCUCAUACUAAAGCUGAAAGAAAUAUUUUGGAGUCUGUAAAGCAUCCUUUUAUCGUAGAUCUCAAGUAUGCAUUCCAAACUGGUGACAAAUUAUAUCUGAUAUUGGAAUAUAUGUGUGGGGGUGAACUAUUUCGACAAUUAGAUGACGAAGGAGUUUUUAUGGAAGAUGCUGCUCGCUUUUAUUUAUGUGAAAUUACAUUGGCUUUGCAACAUCUCCACCUACAAGGAAUUAUAUACAGAGAUUUAAAACCAGAAAAUGUUUUAUUGGAUGCGGAAGGACAUAUUAAGUUAACUGAUUUUGGAUUGUGUAAAGAACAUAUACAGGAGGGUGCUGUAACUCAUACAUUUUGUGGUACCAUUGAAUACAUGGCACCUGAAAUCUUAACGAGAAAUGGACAUGGGAAAGCUGUGGAUUGGUGGAGUUUGGGAACUUUAAUGUAUGACAUGCUUACUGGACUUCCACCAUUUACCUCGGAUAAUAGAAAGAAAACUAUUGACAAGAUUCUUCGUGGUAAAUUAAUUCUUCCACCGUACCUAACACCUGAUGCUAAGGAUCUUCUUCGAAAAUUAUUAAAAAGACCAGUUGCACAAAGAUUGGGAUCUGGCUCAUUGGACGGUGAACAGAUAAAGGCGCACAAAUUUUUCAAACAUAUCAUUUGGGAUGAUGUUAUAUCUCGAAAAUUGGAACCUCCUUUUAAACCAAUAUUGGCUAGUGAAGAUGACGUAUCGCAAUUUGAUAAAAAAUUUACCGCUUCAGCACCAAUAGAUUCUCCAGUAGAAUGCACUUUAAGCGAGUCUGCUAAUAGAGUAUUCCAGGGAUUCACAUAUGUAGCACCGAGCAUAUUGGAAGAUGUCUAUUCACAACAAUCAAGAUACUUAACUACUGUUUCGCAACCACGAGUUAUAAAAGCCAGAAGUCCCCGUAAGGCAACUACGCGUGGUUUUUCACCUCGGACAACGCACCUCCAUCUUCACAAUACGCAUUUGUCGAAUCACAGGCAUGGUGGAGUCGGGCAUAGCAAUAUGGAAGACACAGAGAUGAUUGAGAUAGGCUAACCAUUGCUAUCAGACUAGUAGAUAGCAUUUUUGUCCAACUGCUGGAUAUUCAUAAUCCUCAGGGAGGGGUUUUAUAUAAUUUAGAGGGAAUAGUUAGGGAAAUGGAUACAAUAUCCAUUAUUACUUUUGGAUAUUCAGCAGUUACACAUUUAGCUAAUCUUUUUUAUAUUUGUAUAUUUUUUUUUUUUAACAAAAAUGUUAAUGUAAUAAUUUAAUGGCGACGCAGCAGUUAUCUGGUAGCGCCCCGAAGUAGUUGCAAUUUUAUUGAAUAGGUUUGAAAACAAUUUGCAAGAAAGCGUAUUGUGUUAUGCAGUUAUAUAAAAUGCAGAUUAUGUCUCUUAAUUUUUUUUUAAGUAGAUUAAUUUAAAAAAUGCCUUUCAGGAUUAUUUAUGCAUCAGUUUUUAUAAAUAUUACUAUUAAAUGCAGCAAUCAUGUUAUAAUUCAUAUAAUAUCGUAAUUUAUACUGUGGUUUAACUAAGAUAAGCUUUUAAAAACUUGAAAAUAUUCAAGCAUAAUAUGCUUGAGAAAUGUAAGAUGCUAUAUAAUUAUUAGAUGCUAUAAAGACUUAAUCUUGAUAAUAUUUUUACAUCUGAAGAUUUAUAUAUAACAGCUAUAUGUUUCUCUAUGAUAUAAACUUAUUUUAUAUAUUUACAACUACACUCUCAAUUAACGAUUUAACGUUACGGUUAACGUUAAUUAUUCUCUUAAAUGAGAAAACUUUUGAGAAAUGCUACCACAACCGCUCCGCCGCUCAAAGUUCGUUCCAUAUACCAUAUUGUCUGUUAGGAGAAAAUAUUUUCAGCAGUAAUAACGUUUCCAUGGCAAUAAGAAAUAGUUUGCCUAAAUAAUAAUAACUAUAAAGAAAUGAAGUAUAUAAGGGUACAAUGGAAUUGCAUUUACACAAUGAAGAAAAGUUCCUAUUGCAAAUUUAAUUACAAUUUUUUGUAUUCUCUAGGAAACAAACAUUUUGUUAGUCAUAUAUUCUAAUGAUCAAUAUUUUGGAAUGAGGAAAACGUCAUUCUCUGUAACUUUUUUAUGAGGAAAUUAAUCAUUAAAAUAUUAAACUUUUAAUAAUUAAUACUUUAAUAUUA